AUGUCGGCAGAGAUCGUCAAGCGUCUCAGUGCCAUCUGUGCUCAGAUCAUCCCUUUCCUCUCUCAGGAGCACCAACAACAGGUGGUCCAAGCAGUGGAGAGGGCCAAACAGGUCACCAUGGCAGAACUAAAUGCCAUUAUUGGGCAGCAGCAGCUCCAGCACCUGUCUCACCACGCCCCCGGCAUUCCCCUGACGCCACACCCAUCAGGCUUGUCCCUGGGUGCAGGGAGCUCUGGGCUUUUGGCAUUGACUGGAGCCCUAGGGGUGUCUGCUCACCUUGCUUCUAAAGAUGAGCGAAAUCAUCUUGAUCAAGAACAUCUCAGAGAGGGGGCCCCCAGUAGGAGUAAGUCGGUCUCAUCAACAGACAGCCAGCCCACUGAGGAGCACCAAGGACCAUCAGGAGGAUAUUCAGCCUUGCAGGGUGGAGCUGAAGCAAAGAGGAGACGCUGUGAUGACAAAGAUCCUAUCCCUCCACACUCCUAUGACAGUGAUGGAGACAAAAGUGAGGACAAUCUUGUGGUGGACGUCUCCAAUGAGGAGCCUAACUCUCCCACCGGCAGCCCGUCUCAUUCCCCUCAUGGGAACGGGCUGGACCGGGCCCCGACCCUGAGGAAAGAGCUGCCUGGUUCCUCGAGCACAGGUGAGGCACCUUCCACGCCAAACCCACGCAGCCCUACCCCAGGGAAGGCCAAGGACCCUGCCCAGAUGGAUAAAUCCCAGUCUCCACUGUCUAAGUCUGGCACCCCGUCCCCAUCCCACCGUGAGGCCCUUACCCCAGGAUCAACAGGAGCCCCUGGAGCUCCAGGCCCCAGCACCUCCUGCCUUCGCCUUGUCAGCAAAGCAGCAACAAGUGCUGACCCAUUAGCUCUCCGCAGUCCCAUGUCUGUGCCCCCUGGUUCAUACCCGGCUCAUUUUGGCGUGGUGUCCCACGCAGGGCUGAACGGGGAGCUGGCCAGCCCCGGGGGAUUUGGAGGAGCUCUGACGCUCUCUCCGCAGAUCAGCGCCGCUGCCGGUGCCUACUCCCGUAGCCCCAUGGUGGCAUUUGACUCUCGGUCUCACUUAAGAACACAGGGGCUGUCCUCCUCCCUUCCUGGCUCCUCUGGUGGCAAACCAGCCUACUCCUUUCAUGUCAGCGCAGACGGCCAGAUGCAGCCGGUGCCGUUCCCCCCUGAUGCCCUCCUGGGCCCGGGGAUCCCACGUCAUGCCCGUCAGAUCCACACACUGAGCCACGGAGAGGUAGUGUGCGCCGUCACAAUCAGCACCUCCACUCGUCACGUCUACACAGGAGGAAAGGGCUGCGUCAAGGUGUGGGACAUCAGCCAGCAGGGAAGCAAGAGCCCCAUGGCCCAGCUGGACUGUUUGAACAGGGAUAACUACAUCCGUUCCUGUAAAAUCCUCCCCGAUGGUCGAACCCUGAUCGUUGGAGGCGAGGCCAGCACUCUGUCCAUCUGGGAUUUGGCCACACCGACUCCACGCAUCAAGGCGGAGCUGACGUCGUCUGCUCCAGCCUGCUACGCCCUGGCCAUUUCACCGGACAAUAAGGUCUGCUUCUCCUGCUGCAGCGACGGCAACAUUGUCGUCUGGGACCUGCACAACCAGACCCUGGUCAGGCAGUUCCAGGGCCACACAGACGGAGCAAGCUGCAUCGACAUCUCCAAUGAUGGCACCAAGCUCUGGACAGGAGGUCUGGACAACACGGUCCGCUGCUGGGACCUCAGAGAGGGCCGGCAGCUGCAGCAGCAUGACUUCACCUCACAGAUCUUUUCUCUGGGCUACUGCCCCACAGGCGAGUGGCUGGCUGUAGGGAUGGAGAGCAGCAACGUGGAAGUCCUGCAUGUCUCCAAACCCGACAAGUACCAGCUGCACCUCCAUGAGAGCUGCGUCCUCUCCCUCAAGUUUGCAUACUGUGGAAAGUGGUUCGUCAGCACAGGCAAAGACAAUCUGUUGAAUGCAUGGAGGACACCAUAUGGAGCAAGCAUUUUCCAGUCCAAGGAGUCGUCGUCUGUGCUGAGCUGCGACGUCUCCCCAGACGACAAAUACAUAGUGACGGGCUCUGGGGACAAGAAGGCCACUGUGUACGAAGUUGUGUAUUAAUGAAUAGGAGGACAGAGGAGAAAAAA